AACUCACCACCCUGAGACCAAGAGUCACAUGUUCUACUGCCUGAGCCAUCCAGGUGCCCCAGAAGGUUGUCUUUGAAACUGGGAGGAGGGCUCAGAGCUCAGGAAGGGGACUUCGGGAGGGAGGUCUCGGUUGGGGGCGUCAGAGGUGGUCAUGAUGGAUCGAAUGUCUGCAGCCUGGAGCCAGCUCAGAGCAGGCCCUCCACAACGGUACCGGUGACGCUGUCACCCUGUUACCGUGCACUGGACUCUUUCUACCCCCGCCUCCUGUUCCCUCUACCCUCUCAAGGAUCUGAGUCAGCGGCCUUGAGGUUGUACACCUCCCGUCCUACAUCUGACCCUCUGUUUUCCUUGCUCCUCUCUGAGGCUCCUGGGUGAGGAGCCAACUCCCAGGAUUCAGAGACACUUCGCCUACAUGUGUUGAGUAAAGAGGUGAAACUGAACAAAUCUACUAGUUUGGUGCAGCUGACAAAGGUUAUUACACGGAAACCUCUUACAGUGAUGGUACCGGGGGAGAGCCACCAUUCCAUAUUUUGAUAUCAUUCGAUAUUAAUUGAGUGCUUCUUAUGUGCAAGAUAGCACUGAAAUACACUCACGAAAAUCUCUGAGGCGCCUCCUCUUCCCUCACGGAGCUUACCAUCCAGAGAUGGGGGUAAAAUCCUCUCCCCACAACAGUGUAGCCAGAUGUGAGGUGUUUGCCAACAAGAGUUUUGCUGAAUUUCUAAAAGUAGGCUUUAUGCUAAUAAGUAUUUAAGUCUGAAAGUGUCCCAUUCAAUCAGCUUUAUCUGAAACUCUAAAUUUGCAGGGUGCUCAAAAGUUGCUAAAUUUACAUGUUUUGGGGACGUGAAAGUUAAAAAUGAAAACCUACCUAUAUCAUUCAAAACUGUAAAAGGACAUUUUGCAGCAUGUUUUUUUACAGGUUUGAUCUGUACUUACUUACAUAUCACUGUUAAAAUAGAAACUUUUCCCAAAGAAUGAAUAAAAUAUCCAAGGGUUUCCUAGAUAAUUUUUUUUUUAAUCUUGGAACUUUUCAUUUAUGCACUGAAGUUAUAUUUUCUAAAAUGUAGAUAAAAGAAUGGCAGACUCUUUUGCAUCAAAGACGUUCACCGCACUUGCAGAUCUGUAUCCAAAUAUGGCUAAUCUGAAAAUAAUUGGUAUAGUUAUUUGGAAAACAGAUGUCAAAGGCUUUCCAGACAGAAAAAGUGUUGGAUCAGAGAGGUUCACCUUCAGUUUUACGAUGCGGGACUCCCCAGCCCAUUUUGUAAAUGCAGCUUCGUGGGGCAGCGAAGGCUAUGUCAGAUCCCUUUCGGACAGCUUUAGGGUCGGAGAGUGCGUGAUAAUCGAAAAUCCUCUGAUCCAAAGAAAGGAAUUAGAAAGAGAAGAAAAAUUCAGCCCGGCAACUCCUGGCAACUGUAAACUAUUGCUCAGUGAGAAUCACUCCACCGUCAGAGUUUGUUCCAGUUACGAGGUCGACUCCAAGCUCCGUGCUCUGAUAUACUUACCUAUUAAAGAGUCUCGGGAUUACUAUUCAUUGGGUGACAUUGUUGCAAAUGGACAGAGUCUAGAUGGGAGGAUUAUUAACGUGCUUGCAGCUGUCAGGUCGGUGGGGGAGCCGAAGUGCUUUACAACCUCAGACCGAAGAAGAGGCCAGAGGUGCGAGGUGAAGCUCUAUGACGAGACGGAGUCUUCUUUUACGAUGAUAUGCUGGGAUAAUGAAUCUAUUCUAGUGGCGCAGAGCUGGAUCCCACGGGAAACAGUAAUAUUUGCCUCAGAUGUAAGAAUAAGUUUUGACAAAUUUCGGAACAGCAUGACAGCAAUGGUCAUCUCAAAAACCAUUAUUACAACUAAUCCAGAUACACCAGAAGGUAACAUCCUGUUGAAUUUUAUAAGAGAAAAUAAAGAAACAAAUCCUCUGGAUGGUGAGAUCGACAGUUAUUUGAAAGAAUCCAUAAAUUUAAAUGCAAUAGUCGAUGUCUAUACAGUUGAGCAGUUAAAGGUAAAAGCUUUGAAGAAUGAGGGGAAAGCUGACCCUUUCUGCGGCAUUCUUUACGCGCACAUUUCUACGCUCAACAUCGACGGCGCAGCCACCGCCGCAGUUCGACACCGGUGCUCGGGCUGCGGAUACGUCAUGAAGGAAGCCUCCAGCACCUGCACCACUUGCAGCAGAGAUUCCUGGGAACCUAAGUCUGUUCUUCUCAGCUUCCACUUGCUGAUUGAUGUCACCGACCACACAGGCACCCUCCAUGCCUGCAGCCUCACGGGAGGCGUCGCUGAGGAGACUUUAGGCUGCACGGUAAAUGAGUUUCUUACAAUGACGGAUGCACAGAAAACAGCACUGAAGUGGCAGUUUCUUCUGGAGAGAAGCAAAAUUUAUUUAAAAAUUUUUGUGUCACAUAGAGCACGGGGUGGCCUGAGAAUCAGCGUGCUCUCAUGCCAGCUUGCAGACCCCACCGAGGCGGGGAGGGACUUGUCCGGGCAAGGACAUACUGAACACAAGCUAGCUUAAGCUCGGACGGGGAAACCAGCUUCAACUCCCUGAAACAAGUUUGAAGAUUAUGGAUGAAUUUGUAUUUUGUUCAAAUGUGGUAAAAAAAAUGUUUCUAUAAAUUGUUAUUAUGUUUCCUUCUGGAGUUGGUUAAGGGAGGCUAAGUCUUAAAUUCUCUCCUACGACCCAGCUCCUUUCUCAGAAGGCCUUUUCUACCAGCUUUGCCCAAGUUAGAAAAUGUUUCCAUGAAUUAAUAAACAAGUUUAAUCUUCCCCAGA